UCUUUAAAUUAUAAUAUAUUCUCUUUUGAACCGCCGAAUUUAUAUGAAACAUCUUUAAAAUUGACAACAGAAACUGAAAUUCAUGCGUGGUGGGAUUCACUUGUCAAGAUAUUUUCUGGAACUUCAUUUCAUGCUACUAGAAUUACACUCAGUAUUCCUCAAGAUCCAAAUGAUCCUUUUAUGGGUCCUUGGGGAUUAAAAGCAGUUUACAAUAAAACAGGCUCAAUUAGCCAGGAGUUUGAUUAUGAAGAUGCAUUAGAAGAUGAUUAUUUCUUACAUAGUCGUGCAAUACAUGAAACAGGUCCACAUCAUAUUCCUUGGUGUUUUGAUAGAUUACAACCUUUUGAAUCAGAGCCUGAACCACUUAUCAAUAAUCCAAGUGUAAUGCGUAUUUUAAAAAGAAAUUCAGUUGUCGUACUUUCAAGAGAAUAUAGAAGAAAAUCUUCUGGUAAGAAUAGUAAUGAUGAUUUUGGCUUGGAGUUUUUUAAAAGGACUUUAUUGGAUUCAACUUCUGAUAAAUCCAGAAAAUCAAAUUGGUCUAUACCCAUCAUUACUACACCUUGCUUUUCAAAAGAUGAAGCCUCUGAAAUUUUAGUAGAUGGUUCUUAUAGUAAUCAUAGUAUUAUUGAUCCACCUUUAUCAACUACAAGUACACCUGCUACUGUAUCAUCUAAUUUUUUACAAGAUUUUGAUGAAUAUGAACAACAACAACCUUCACCUUGGUCUCAAUCUCCUGCUCCAUCUCCCGCUAUUAUGGAUUCCGAAUUGAAUCCCUUCUUUACUUCUCCUCCUGAUAUAGAUGAUGAAGCCUUUAAUCCUGCUUCACCUGAAUCUUAUGAUAACGUCUCUGUCCCUUUUCCUCCUCCUUUAUCUAAUAUGCACUCUGUUGUACACAUACCUUUAUUUCAUCCUUCUGACCAUCAUCAUCAUCGAUAUAGUCAACAAAAUCAUCUUACUCCUAUCGCUAUCUUAUCUUUUUUGACACCUAUCGUGCCUUAUCCACCCGUAUUGCUUUCAAGUAUUAAUUCUCUAUCUCCUUUUAUCGCUGCUAGUUUUGCAAAUGCUAUUCAAAAUGCUGAAAUGAAAAAGCAUGGCCAUUUUUAUACUCGACGUAAUAGUAGCAGUAGGCACAAAUAUACAAGUGAGGAAGAAUUAUCUAAAAGAUGCUCAUCCGUUAUCUCAAAUACAGAAGAUGAUGAACAGCAAUCUCAACAUAGAAUAGAUUCAACAAAUACAACACCUACUGCUGCCCUUAUCGAUACCACUCCUCCUAAUACUCAUGAUUUCAUUCAUCCGAAACGUCCAGAUCAUUUUGGUUCCAUGUCAAAUUUUACUCAUAGUUCAAUACCACAAACUGAUCAUGUAGAUAACAGUAAUCUCUCUCAUCAUCUUCAAUCUUCACACAAGUCAUUCUCACCUUCAUCUGCUGCUAUCAUGGAAGGAUGGGGUGCUGUAUCACCUACAACAGGGCUACCUAUCUCGGCUUCUAUACCACCUCAUACAAUGUGUAGUAAUAAAAAUUGUCAGCAUAGGAUAUAUUCUUCAUCAUCAGCAGACGAUCAUGUGGUUCCCAAGGCAACAACUUCAGAAGAGAAUAGUUUGCUUUCGUCUUUAACUCAACCUGAUAGCGAUUCCAUUUCAAAUAUCAAUCCUCGACCAUCUGCCUUUAAGUCACCUUCUUCAUCGAAAUCUAUUCAAAAACGUCAUGUCAUGAAUAGCCAUAAAAAGAAAAUGAAAAAGAGAAAACGAUACAGUAAUAAACGUCAAGAUUUUGAUGAUGAUGGAUUUCAUUAUCAUCGUGAAACUCGAACUGGUGUUGAUCGUUUUUUAGUUGCUCCCAAAUCAAGUCUUUUACGUUUAAUUAUUGAUGGUAUUCCAAUUCAUGUCUUUACUUUAUCGACUACAACAGGUAAAGUAACUUGGGUUAAUAAUCGAACUUUACAAUAUACAGGAAAAUCGUUAAGGGAUCAUUUAGGUCCUAAUUGGUUAUCACAUAUGCAUCCAGAUGAUCAACCUGAAUGUAAAAAGGCUUGGGAAUUAGCUUAUGAACAAGGUAACGGAUUUGCAGGUGAAUAUCGAUUAAAAAGAUUCGAUGGCGUUUAUCGUUGUUUUCUUUGGAGAAUUGUACCUCUUAGAGAUUUAAAAGGUAUAAUUAUUCAUUGGUUCGGUACUUGUACGGACAUUCAUGAUCAACAUAUGGCAAAGGAAAGUAAUUUACGACAAGUAGAAAUUGAAAGCAAUGAAAGAAAAUAUAGAUUAUUAGCUGAAGCUAUUCCACAAAUUGUAUUUACCUUUUCACCUGGCGCUGGAUUGACAUAUACAAAUGGGAAAUGGAGUAAAUAUUCUGGAAAAUCGUUUGAUCAAACAAUGGGACUUGGUUUUAUGUCUUGUGUUCAUCCUGAUGAUCGAUCUAAACUUCAACUACCAGAUUUAAGUUCUUUAUCUACGAAUCGAGCAGGUAUCUCAUGGCAAAAUGAAAUUCGACUAUCAAGUGCAAAAGAAGAAUAUAAAUGGUUUUUGGUUAAAUGUGUUUCAGUGGAUGAGUUAGAUACUGGUGAUAUUCGUUGGUUUGGUACUUGUACUGAUAUCAAUGAUCAUAAAUUACUAGAACAAAAACUGAAAGAAGCACAUGAUGCAGCACAAAAAUCAACAGAGAGUAAAACACGUUUCUUAUCCAAUAUGUCUCAUGAAAUUCGUACACCAUUGAUUGGCAUUACAGGCAUGCUUAAUUUUUUAUUAGAUACAGAAUUGACACCUGAGCAAAUGGAUUAUGUUCAUACAAUUCAACAAUCAGCAGAGUCGUUAUUAGUUGUCAUUAACGAUAUCUUGGAUCUUAGUAAGGUAGAAGCAGGCAUGAUGAAUUUGGAAUGGGAGCCUUUUAGUCUUGUUACUAUGAUUGAAGAUGCGAAUGAAUUAUUGUCAACUUUGGCUAUUCAGAAAAAUUUAGAGUUAAGUUUCUGGGUUAAUGAUGACAUACCUGAUGUAGUUAUAGGUGAUAGAAUACGUCUAAGACAAAAUGCCAUUAAGUUUACAUCCGAAGGUGAAGUCUUUACUCGAUGUACUAUUAAAAAGAACGAUAUAGAAGAGUCAGAAUUGACUUUACUAUUCGAAGUAAUCGAUACAGGUACUGGAUUUGAUGCUGCUGAUGAAUCAGUUAUGUUUAAACCAUUUUCUCAAGUGGAUAGUUCUAGCACAAGAAAGCAUGGAGGUAGUGGUCUUGGCCUAGUUAUUUCACGUCAACUCAUUGAACUUCAUGGAGGUGUUAUGAAAUGUCGUAGUCAGAAAGGUAAAGGAUCUACGUUUUAUUUCACAGUUAAAUUUGGUAUUCCAACUUCUCAAACUCGACCUUUACCACAAACACCUCAAAAUGAAACUAAUCAUGAUCCAUUCUUUCGUACAAAUGGUUAUGAAAAUAAUUCAAUUGCACAUGAUAAACUAUCGUAUGUAAAUAAAACGUAUAACAAUAAUACUAAUAAUAAUAACAAUCAGCCAACAAAAGCUCGAUCUAUACCCACUAUCACUACUACUACUGCUACUACAUCGGAUGUAUCACAAGCUGAAAUCCUUCAAGAUGUCUUGAUGAAUAAAGCAGCCAAUAUGCAAUUGAAACCCCCUCCAGUUAGAAAUAAUCAUCAUCUUGUGACACCUGCAGUAGCAGCAGCAGCAGCAGCAGCAGCAACAACAACUACAACAACAGCAACAGCAACAGCAACUACGUCACUAGGUAAUGAUAUCCUUUUCUUUGCUACUACACAAAAUCAUGUUAUUUUACCCCCUCGAACACCUACCCGUACUUCUCCUUUGCGUGCCCUAGUUGUCUCCCAAUGGAAAUAUUCACGUGAAUCCAUGGAAAACCAUGUAAAAUCAAUUCUGAGUAGUAUUGCAAGUCAAGAGGAAGAGACUCCGUAUUAUGAAAUUGAUACAGUAACCAAUCAAAUUGAAGCCACUGAACGACUUACAGAUCCUCAAACUGCGCCCUAUGACUACAUUAUGAUUAAUUUGUCUUCUGAACAACAGAUUUUAAUUUUAACAAGAACCAUAUGUGGUUCCUUACAUCAACAAAAGGCAAGCGUCUUGAUCAUGACUACACCUAUGCAACGUUCUUCAAUUACAGAAAUGGCAAAAAGCCAAGAAAGUCAAGUGAUACCUCAAAAUUGUGGAUUUAUUUUUAAACCCUUAAAACGAAAUAAAUUACGAUGGUAUUUUGGUAUUCGUCAGCAACAAAAAUCAUCAUCAUCGACUAACGACAAAGGAACGACAACAACCAAUAAUAACGAGAGGACGAUAGAAGGAACAAGUACUGUAUCUACGCCUGAUACACCUUGUAAAAGAGCAGCUACACAAAAAGAAAUAUUCAGAAGAAUGGCAGAUGAUGUAGGAGGAAAAGGUUAUAGAGUAUUAUUAGUUGAAGACAACUUGGUAAAUCAAAAAGUUUUAACAAGGUAUUUAACUCGAGUUGGAUUAACUGUAGAUGUAGCUGUACAUGGCGGUAAAUGUAUCGAGUUAUUUCAUAAGCAUCCAAAAGAUUAUUAUUGUUUAAUUCUUUGUGAUUUAUUCAUGCCUGUUAAAGAUGGUUAUGAAACGACUCGUGAAAUUCGAGAAUGGGAAAAAGAGCAUCUAGGGCCCGAGGAAACACCUAUACCUAUUGUUGCUUUAUCUGCUAACAAUCCUGAUAGACCUACUGAAAAACCGGUUCUUAAAAAAUAUAAAGUUGAUUUAAAUAGUUGUGGACCUAUGAUCUUGGAUGCACUUAUUAAAAUAAAAAAUGAACAAGAUUCGACCUUAACUUUUAGACGUUCUUGCCGUGAAGGUAUUUGUGGUUCUUGUGCAAUGAAUAUUGAUGGUGGAAAUACUUUAGCUUGUAUUUCGAGAAUUAAUAAGGAUUCUGAUAAGUCUAUCAAGAUUUAUCCUUUACCUCAUAUGAACGUUGUUAAGGAUUUAGUACCUGAUUUAACACAUUUCUAUAGACAAUAUAAAAGUAUUGAGCCUUAUUUGAAACAAAAGACACCUCCUCCUACAGGAAAAGAAAAUUUGCAAUCCAUUGAAGAUAGAAAAAAAUUAGAUGGCCUCUAUGAAUGUAUCCUUUGCGCUUGUUGCUCAACCUCAUGUCCUUCUUAUUGGUGGAAUCAAGAAGAAUAUUUAGGUCCUGCUGUCUUGUUGCAAGCCUUUAGAUGGAUGGUGGAUUCGCGUGAUCAUUAUGGUCGUGAACGUCGUGAAAUGCUUCAAAAUAAGAUGUCUCUUUAUCGUUGUCAUACUAUCAUGAAUUGUUCAAAGACGUGUCCAAAGGGACUUCAACCUGGUACUGCCAUUGCAAAGAUUAAAUUAUUGAUGGCAACUGAGUAAAUUUAAAACCAUAUUUUAUAUCAUCAUCAUCAUU